UCAUAAUUCCUCGAAUAUUGCGGAGCCGAAACGAGCUGUAAUUGUUUGCAAAAUAUUCCAUCGAUACGGAUAAAUUCGACUGUUUCUGGAGUGGCAGCCGAUACUUGGGAGUUUCUAGUCCCUGUCGGUGCGGAAAGGUGCAAGGCCGGUCGGAAUACGCUAUGUAACAGACCGAAAGUGAAGUACCUAGGUUGAAACCGCACCAGUGUACGGCAUAUUAUUUUUUCAUCCUCGGUCUAAUCAGUUUCGGUUUAAUAUUCGUUCACCCUAUGAGUUAGUUGUGUGGCUUCAAGCGUGUGACGAUAAGCGUUUAAUGAUUAGAUCUUAGUUGCUUUUCAUACCGAUGCUCGAUCUCCGUUGGAUGCGCUGAUUGUAUUCAUUUGUAUUUGCGGACUUACGUUUCCACUAGCGGAAUAUUGUCCACAUCAAAUUUGGGUCACGAUAGUAACUUUGCCGUGCGUGUGCUUAUCAUCCAACCAACGCAUCAAACGUCACGCCAUAUAAUUGGAUUAAGUCGGUGACAGUAAGAACCAUUGGAAUAUCAAAACUCACCCACAUUCAAGGCAGCUUAUUUAACUUGGAACAAGUUAAACAUUGCGAAGGGUCAUCAUCCAAGUGUGCUAUACAGUUUAUAUUAUUCCCGGUCAUUGCGCGAUCAAUUUGUGAUCUAAUAACAAGCGAUUGAUUUCGCUUGCCGGAUCGAAUAGCGUUGGCGUAGAUUGUAGUUCGUCGUAGCAACAUUGCACCGGACGCAACAUUGUGACCAAACAUGAUGAACGAAGAAUCCUCCUCACCGUCGAGCAGUAAUGUGGUAGUACAGCUUUUCAAGCGGCUAGGCCAGCUUUAUCAACUUCAGCUGGAUAAAUGGACGCCACACACGAAGGUGCGGUGGGCGGCGGCGCUCGGUUUGGUCGGAUUGUUCCUUCUGCGGGUGUUCACCAAACAGGGCUGGUACAUCGUCACGUACGCGCUCGGCAUUUACCACCUGAAUCUUUUUAUCGCUUUCCUAACGCCGAAAAUCGAUCCAGCGCUCGAUUUGGACGAUGAUCAAGGGCCGGAGCUGCCAACAAAAUCGAACGAAGAGUUUCGACCAUUCAUCCGGCGGUUACCGGAGUUUAAGUUUUGGUACGCCAUCAGCAAAAGCACGGUGAUCGGGAUCAUCUGUACCUUCUUCGAGAUGUUCAAUGUGCCGGUCUUUUGGCCAAUCCUCUUGCUUUACUUCGCGGUGCUGUUCUGUAUUACGAUGAAGCGGCAAAUUAAACACAUGAUCAAGUAUCGAUAUCUCCCCUUCACUCACAGUAAGCCCCGCUACCAGCCGGUGGCGACGGAAAAGUGACAAUUAAAAGCACAAACUCUACCAGCAUCGUUGUCCUCGUCGUCCUCGUCCUCGCUGGCGUCCGUCGGUAGUGCACCGACCGCAGGACCCUCUGCGGCUGCCGUUGCUCCUUCGGUGAUUGCGCCCGUUCACCCGCCUGCGGUGGCCGGUCUACCAUCGUCGUCGGUCCCAUCGGCAUCGGUAAAAACCGUCUAGAAAAGGAAGAAAAAAAAAGUGGAAAGAAGGGAGUGUGAAGCAAAUCGUGCGCGGAUCGUCACAGAACUAUUACAUUCACCGGGAACCGGGGUGGUGGUGUGCAAAGAUCGACGCACCACCGUCCGUCAUGUCGUCAGGGCAAUCACUGUACAAGGCGCCCUUUCUUUAAAGAAAACCUCCAACACGUACCUCCACCAGCGGGAGGAUUCUGUUAUAUGCCUUCUUCAUCUAUAUUUUUCACUUUUAUACUAUUCAUACGUUACAAACACUAAACAUCUUUUAAAUUGCUCUUUAUUAUUUCAUUUUAGAGAACAUGGUUUCGUUCCCUUCUUGAAUCUGUGAAAAAGCGCGAUCCUCGUUUCGUUCCUUUUUAUUUCCGUUUUUUUUUUACUUUUCCGACCAAUGACGCAGUGAGGGGACAAACGCGAGAAAAUCAGCAACACCGAACUGGUAUUGAUUUGUGCUUACAUCGUAGCGAAAUGUUAAGUUUAAGUGUCGAUGCAAUCUUAUGUUUUCCCUUCUGGUGUAAAUGAAGAACUAGGCUUUCCUGUUUCCUUCCUAUUUGUUUGGAAAUUUGGUUGUUGUUUGUGUUAGCAGUAAACCCGCGUACGCGUGCCGUAACUCUUUUGCUAAGUAAAUUUUAACACCCAGCUCGUUCAAAAACCCUAAUGUGGCAUCUCUUUGGGAGAGCGGAAGUUUUUCCGACAAAUUACAAAAUGGAAACAUACUAGAAUCGUCGACACUAGGCAAUCGAACCAAAAAUGAUAACCUUUUGAUGAACAUUUAAAAAAUGGAAAGCAAAGCAAAUAAGAGACAUCGAACAGUUAACAUAGGAAAAUUAUAUUAUUUCUUACGGAUUAUGGUUAUUUUCAUGUAAUUAUUAUUUGCUAGGAUCACUAUUACUCUCCUAUCGUCGUCUUAGGUAUGUUCAAGUAUUUUUUGUGUUUAUUUUGGCAUUCAAUCCAAAAACCGAAAGAGCUUAUACUCCACAUCAGCUUUCCCACCAUCAAACUAUUCACAGUUUCCUAAUUCUCGAUGUUAGUUUCACAGAAUUAUUUCAUGUGCGGUGAGUGUGCUUUAGCCACUCAUCAUAAGAUUGGGCAUGUUUCUUUCUUAAUACUCUGACAAUAGAGCGAAAAAGUCUUUGCCGCAAGAUAAAACUACCUAUCGGGGGA